GACUUCUUUUCAUAUGUAACACUACGACAAGGAUCAAAGAUUUAUACUACUGGAACUGAGGAACACCAUGGCAGACACCAGACACCAGACCUUGGACAGAUCUCAGAACCCUCCUGUCGUUCAUCAAAAACAAGUCCGAAGAGGAUCCAUCGCGGAUACGAUAUAAAAGAAACUUCACAGUAUCGAAAGAGAAUGGCCGAGAGCACUGGCACUGGUACUCCACCGGGCAAGGCGGAGUAUGUGCGUGUAGAAGACGUAACUGAGGCGUCGAAUGAGGAAACACGGCACCUGCAGCCCCCUCCCGCCAGAAAUACUCAGGGUGCUACUGUUACCGAGGAAGCCAAAGAAGAAGUUGGCUCCACCCCGGAAAAAGCUCGUACAACAGGACGAGGUGGAUAUACGGUGGGAGCUUACGCGGCCAGUGGAGGCACUUAUACUCGAAACGAAACGGCCAAUUACUCUGCCUUGGCCGAAGCCAACGAAGCUUCCAACCGCCAAGACACCGCAACCGAGACAGGUCAACCUCAAGCAACCAUUUCUGUUUCUACUCAGCCUGUACUGACUGCUCCUGAUUCAGCUGUUUGCAACCCAGUUGACCCACUAGAAGCGGCUGUCAACCCUGCUACAGGAGCUGGGCAAGAAGCCACGGGCAGUGGAGACAAUGAAAGCCAGAAGCCAGAUAAACAACUCUUGUUUGCUUAUGUUGGGGUAACUAUUUUAGCCAUCCUCAUCAUUGUCAUUGUACUCUGUGUGACUCUGAUUCCUGGGAGUGAUUCUGAGGAACAAGCCAACAAGGCAGAGGACAUGAGCACUGCCCCGUCAAGAGACCCUCAAGCGAUGUCCAUGGAAGACCACAUUCGAGGCCUCUUCCCAAACUCUACCCUGGAAGCUAUGGAGAGUCGUUUUAGUUCACAAGCUGAAGCUUUUCGAUGGUUGCUGAAGGAUCCUGAACUCACUACCACCAACUCCUAUUCAGAUGACAGAAUCAUGCAACGCAUGGCUCUCGCUACAUUUUAUUUUGCCACUGGUGGAAGACGAUGGAAUUGGAAUUCUGGAUGGCUCAACUACAGUGUUCAUGAGUGUGAUUGGUUCACAGAUGGAAAUCCUCCUUGCGACAAUGACAUUUCCACUCCAGAGGAAGAAUUCAGCAGCAAUGUCACGAGCAACUUCACCAACAAUUUUACCUUCUGGGAUGAUGAUGACCAUGUUAUGUAUCCUGCAGAUCUUUCAACUGAAUACCUUUGGCGCCCCACUUUUGAUGAUAGGAUGCUGGCAGAAGGAGAUGGUACAAUCAAACAGUUGCACCUUGCGGACAACAACAUGAUUGGGACUUUGCCACCAGAGCUGUUUUGGCUUUCCAAUUUGAGAUCCGUUCAAUUUGACAACAAUGAAAUUGGUGGACCUUUAGUUGGUUUGGAUCUGGCACUCCUAACAGAUUUGGAAGUGCUUCGUUUGUACUCCAAUCAGUUAGAAGGAUCCAUUCCUUCUGAGUUAGCAACUUUGACCAACCUGGCCAAUAUCAACUUGGCACAAAACAGAGACUUGGAGGGAGUCCCUGAUGGGCUCUGGGAAUUAUCCAGCUUGCAAGUUCUAGCACUGGAUGUCGGCUCUACCAUUCCAUUUGAAGCAGUAGCACAGCUGGACCGACUUUCUUCACUAACUCUUGCUGAAUUGACUGGAACACUUCCAACAGAGAUUGGACUGCUUACAAAAUUGACACUGCUGAACCUACAAGGUGGCAGGCUUCGAGGCACAAUCCCAACAACACUGGGUAAACUAUUCGAUAUGACGUGGCUGUUUCUUGACAGAAACACAUUUACGGGCGAGAUUCCAACAGAAUUCGGAUUGAUGGCUAACCUAACCAUUCUUGAACUGAGUGAAAACAGACUCAAUGGCAUCCCGUCGGAGCUUGGAAUGCUCACCAAUCUAUACUCUCUUCGCCUGCUAGGAAGUCGCUUGGCAGGCCCAAUCCCCUCGGAAAUUGGGCAAAUGUCACGGCUUUCGGAGCUCUAUCUUCAAGAGAAUGAGCUUACCAGUUCGAUGCCUACUGAGCUUGGCGCCCUUUCAAAGAUCCGGACCAUGUACUUGUACAAUAAUGAAUUGACAGGUUCCAUACCUUCGGAGCUAGCCAGGGCGGAUAGAUUGCGCCUUUUGCAUUUGGGUUCCAAUAUGCUCAAUGGAACGUUACCCGGUAGGUUUGGAAGGCUCUGGUACCUUCGGGAGCUUGACUUGGACAAGAACUCGCUAUCUGGGUCUAUUCCCACGCAGUUCGGAAGGCUGGCCUUCAUGCGACGCUUGGAACUGAGUGAGAAUGAACUCACCGGCCCAAUCCCCUCAGAAUUGGGUAGAAUGAGAAUGCUGGAGAACCUAUUGUUGAAUGACAAUCGGCUUACUGGUACAAUUCCAGUGGAGCUAACUGGGUGGAACUCUAGCUUAUUUGGUUUGGUGGACUCUACAGAUCAUCUUGAAGAACUGUAUCUGAAUGGGAACAACUUCACAGGUUCCAUCCCAGAGGCACUUUGUGAUGUGGAAGAGGUCAAGACUGACUGUACGGAUCACUUUUGUGGUUGUGAUUGUGCUUGUCAAGGUUGAUGGAUGAACACGAGGCAGAAGGCUUCGAUUCAGUUGGUCAGCAUCCCAGCGAGCGAGAGCAAGCGCUCUUUCAUCCAUGUCAUGUGUGAAGUCUUUCUCGGAUGCUUUUUUUUGUGUGUAUGUUCGUAUUGCCAGUGUGAAAGAAGCAGAGAUCUGUACGUGAUCCAUUCGACGGAUAAGAGCAGUGCGUUUCCCGACAGGUGGACUUCGAUGGGGCUGUUGCAGACUAGCUUCUACCGCUACUAGUGUGAACUAUAAAAAUGCAUACUACUAAAAGUGAUUGAUUGGAUUGAUGGCUGCCAAUGAGGGGCACUGCGGUCACAAAGACCGACAGCCAUAUUCGAUUCCUUGGCGAUGAUGUUCCGCUUCAUUGAUUCCUUCCUUCCUUCCUUCCUUCCUUCCUUCCUUACCAUCCCGUGACAUCCUUGCAGAGAUUCUUUCCUUCAUUGACAUGAAAAUCGAGCGCAAGUCCACCGACACCGAGUACGUUCAUGACGGACUCGAUAUCGGCCGUGGAUACAUUGUACAUGUGCAUUCCAUCCCAACAGAGUUGAUCUCCCUGUCGCACGGGCAAGUGUCCUCUAAAAUCGGUAAUAAAGGAAAAGACACCCUCUUCAUCGACGGUAUCCCAUCCAAUGUGGACAUAUUCCAAAUGUACUUCUUGCUCUUGUUGGGCCAGGACAUCGUAAACGUACUUUUCGGCGGCUUGUACUUCUUGUUCCGACAACAUGCCAUUUUGUCGGGUCUUGUUUUCACUCGCCAAGUAGUCGGCGACGACAGUGGAAUAGAAAUCCGGCGAAUAGAGCCAAGUCGUGUUGAUAUGAACGAGAAAGGGAUCGAGGGGCAUGUAAUCGACAUCGUAGUUCAUGUCAGCAAAGACAUCUCCCAUGGACCAUAAAUCGGCAAUGGCUCCGAGACCACCCAAUGUGCCACCGCCUUGACCAGCCGUGCUGCAUCCACAGAAUUUCCACAACGACCAAGCUCUCGAGUAUUUCUCAUUGUUGGGAUCUUCUUCAAUUUCCACAAUGAGAUUUUCCGCGUGUGCCGCAUAACUAAUGAGAAUUAGUAAUAGUGGUAGUAGGAGUGGUGUGCAUUGGAACGAGAACAUGAUGGAUGGGAUAAGUGAGUUCGUUGUGGUGUGUGGAAG